ACUCCCCUUAAGGGGCUCCGCACUUUUCCCACUGCAGUGAGUGGAGUUUCCGACAACACGCCUGGCCGCAUUGCCUGCAGAGCCUUAGACCCGCCUCGGCUCCGAGGAUCCGGGUUGUUGUCACUGGCCGGCCUCGGCCCGCAGGCUCCCAGUCCCUGUCCCUGGUACCCCGCAGCAGGCCUGGCCGCUCCCGCUCGGGGAGAGCUUGUCAGGGCCAUGUCCAGGCCGAGCAGCGUUUCGCCGCGCCCGCCGGCUCGCGGCAGCAGCGGCGGCCCCGCUCCCUGCGGUCCUGGGGGCGGUGGCCGGGCGAAGGGACUCAGAGACAUUCGUAUCGACGAGGAGGUGAAGAUCGCCGUCAACAUCGCUCUGGAGCGCUUCCGCUACGGUGACCAGAGAGAAAUGGAAUUUCCUUCUUCUUUGACCAGUACUGAAAGAGCCUUUAUUCAUCGACUGAGUCAGUCUCUUGGUCUAGUCUCUAAAAGUAAAGGAAAGGGAGCAAAUAGAUACCUAACUGUGAAGAAGAAAGAUGGAUCUGAAACAGCUCAUGCAAUGAUGACCUGUAAUUUGACCCAUAAUACAAAGCAUGCUGUUAGGAGUCUGAUUCAGAGAUUUCCUGUGACCAACAAAGAACGUACUGAACUUCUGCCUAAAACAGAAAGAGGAAAUGUGUUUGCAGUUGAAGCUGAGAACCGAGAAAUGAGUAAGACAAGCGGGCGACUCAACAAUGGCAUACCUCAAGUUCCAGUGAAAAGGGGAGAAUCAGAAUUUGACUCAUUCAGGCAAUCUUUACCAGUUUUUGAGAAACAAGAAGAAAUUGUUAAAAUAAUUAAGGAUAAUAAAGUAGUUUUGAUUGUCGGAGAAACUGGGUCUGGAAAGACUACACAGAUUCCUCAGUUCCUUUUAGAUGAUUGCUUUAAAAAUGGCAUCCCCUGCCGUAUAUUCUGUACUCAACCACGACGAUUAGCAGCUAUUGCUGUGGCUGAAAGAGUUGCUGCAGAGAGAAGGGAAAGGAUUGGUCAAACCAUUGGCUAUCAGAUCCGAUUAGAAAGCAGGGUUUCUCCAAAGACACUUUUGACAUUUUGCACGAAUGGGGUAUUGCUUCGUACACUGAUGGCAGGUGAUAGCACAUUGUCAACUGUGACACAUGUUAUUGUGGAUGAAGUACAUGAAAGGGAUCGAUUUAGUGAUUUUUUACUUACAAAGUUAAGAGAUUUGUUACAAAAGCACCCAACUCUGAAACUAAUUCUUUCUAGUGCUGCCUUGGAUGUAAAUCUCUUUAUAAGAUAUUUUGGAAGUUGUCCAGUGAUAUAUAUACAGGGAAGACCAUUUGAAGUAAAAGAAAUGUUUCUGGAAGAUAUUUUAAGAACUACUGGAUAUACAAACAAAGAAAUGUCAAAGUACAAAAAAGAAAAGCAACGAGAGGAGAAACAACAGACUACACUCACAGAGUGGUACUCAGCUCAAGAGAACACUUUCAAGCCUGAAUCUCAGAGGCAGAGGGCUGUUCCAAACGUAUCUGAAGAGUACGAUUUAUUGGAUGAUAGUGGUGAUGCUGUCUUUAGUCAGCUGACAGAAAAAGAUGCGAAUUGCCUUGAACCAUGGUUAAUAAAGGAAAUGGAUGCCUGCCUUUCUGACAUUUGGCUGCAUAAAGAUGUUGAUGCCUUUGCUCAGGUCUUUCAUCUUAUUUUAACUGAAAAUGUUAGUGUUGAUUACAGGCAUAGUGAAACCAGUGCAACAGCUCUGAUGGUUGCUGCAGGACGAGGUUUUACAAGUCAAGUAGAGCAGUUGAUUAGUAUGGGAGCUAAUGUCCAUAGUAAAGCAUCAAAUGGCUGGAUGGCUUUAGAUUGGGCUAAACACUUUGGACAGACUGAAAUUGUGGAUCUUCUAGAAUCUUACAGUGCUUCACUGGAAUUUGGAAAUCUAGAUGAAAGUUCUUUGGUUCAAACAAAUGGAAAUGACCUUAGUGCAGAAGACAGAGAGCUCCUGAAAGCUUAUCAUCAUAGUUUUGAUGAUGAAAAAGUAGACUUGGAUUUGAUCAUGCAUCUUUUAUAUAAUAUCUGCCAUAGUUGUGAUGCUGGUGCAGUAUUAAUUUUUCUUCCUGGAUAUGAUGAAAUUGUUGGUUUGAGGGAUCGCAUCCUAUUUGAUGACAAGCGGUUUGCUGAUAAUACACACAGAUACCAAGUUUUUAUGCUUCAUUCAAAUAUGCAGACAUCUGAUCAAAAGAAGGUAUUGAAAAAUCCACCUGCAGGUGUUCGAAAAAUAAUCCUUUCUACCAAUAUUGCUGAAACAAGCAUCACAGUCAAUGAUGUUGUCUUUGUUAUUGAUUCUGGUAAAGUGAAAGAGAAAUCCUUUGAUGCACUGAAUCUUGUUACAAUGUUAAAAAUGGUAUGGAUUUCCAAAGCUAGUGCUAUACAGCGAAAAGGCAGAGCUGGGCGCUGCAGACCUGGAAUUUGUUUCCGUCUAUUUAGUAGACUCCGAUUUCAGAAUAUGUUGGAAUUUCAGACUCCAGAACUUUUGAGAAUGCCAUUACAGGAGCUUUGUUUACAUACCAAACUAUUAGCCCCAGUUAAUUGUACCAUUGCGGACUUCCUUAUGAAAGCUCCAGAACCUCCACCGGCUUUAAUUGUAAGAAAUGCUGUCCAGAUGCUUAAGACAAUCGAUGCAAUGGAUACAUGGGAAGAUCUGACUGAACUUGGGUAUCAUUUGGCUGACUUGCCAGUUGAACCACAUCUUGGUAAAAUGGUCCUAUGUGCUGUUGUUUUAAAGUGUCUGGAUCCCAUCCUCACAAUUGCCUGCACACUAGCUUAUCGAGAUCCUUUUGUACUGCCUACCCAGGCCUCUCAGAAACGUGCAGCUAUGCUUUGUAGAAAACGUUUCACUGCAGGGACUUUCAGUGACCACAUGGCACUUCUUAGAGCAUUCCAGGCAUGGCAAAAAGCACGAAGUGAUGGGUGGGAGAGAGCCUUUUGUGAAAAGAAUUUUCUCUCACAAGCUACCAUGGAAAUAAUUAUAGGCAUGAGAACACAGUUGCUUGGUCAACUUAGAGCAUCAGGUUUUGUUAGAGCCCGAGGUGGUGGUGACAUUCGAGAUGUUAACACAAACUCUGAGAACUGGGCUGUUGUUAAAGCUGCAUUGGUGGCAGGCAUGUAUCCUAAUCUAGUCCAUGUGGACAGAGAGAAUGUAGUAUUGACAGGGCCAAAGGAAAAAAAAGUACGAUUUCACCCCACUUCAGUUCUCAGUCAGCCUCAGUAUAAAAAGAUUCCUCCAGCCAAUGGUCAGGCAGCAGCGAUCCAGGCACUUCCCACAGAUUGGCUUAUUUAUGAUGAAAUGACCAGAGCCCAUAGAAUAGCUAAUAUUAGAUGUUGCUCAGCAGUGACACCUGUGACUGUAUUGGUGUUCUGUGGACCAGCGAGACUGGCAAGUAAUGCUCUCCAGGAACCUUCUUCCUUUAGAGCGGAUGGCAUCCCCAAUGACAGUAGUGAUAGUGAAAUGGAGGACAGAACUACUGCUAAUUUUACUGCUUUGAAACUUGAUGAGUGGCUUAAUUUCAAACUAGAGCCAGAGGCUGCCAGUUUAUUGCUACAGCUCAGACAGAAGUGGCAUAGCUUAUUUUUACGCCGAAUGAGAGCUCCAUCUAAACCUUGGUCUCAAGUUGAUGAAGCUACUAUACGAGCAAUUAUAGCUGUUUUAAGUACUGAAGAACAGUCUGCAGGCUUACAACAACCAUCUGGAAUUGGUCAGAGGCCAAGACCCAUGUCGUCAGAAGAACUUCCUUUGGCUUCAUCUUGGAGGUCAAAUAAUAGUAGGAAAAGCUCAACAGAUACUGAAUUUGCUGAUGAAUCUGUAGCAGAAAGAGUACUGAUGAAAUCUCCAUCUCCAGCCUUACAUCCACCUCAGAAGUAUAAAGAUAGAGGAAUUUUACAUCCUAAACGGAGCAGUGAUGACCGAUCAGAUCAAUCCUCUGUGAAAUCUGCAGACAGCAGCAGUUACCCAAGUCCUUGUGCUAGCCCUUCUCCUCCAUCCUCAGGAAAGGGCUCAAAGUCUCCUUCACCAAGACCAAACAUGCCUAUUCGUUACUUCAUAAUGAAGAGUAGCAAUCUGAGAAACCUUGAAAUUUCUCAACAGAAGGGUAUCUGGUCUACAACCCCUAGUAAUGAGCGGAAGCUAAAUCGAGCCUUUUGGGAAAGCAGCAUGGUUUACUUGGUAUUUUCUGUUCAAGGAUCUGGACAUUUCCAGGGAUUUUCUAGGAUGGCUUCUGAGAUAGGAAGGGAGAAGAGCCAGGACUGGGGAUCAGCUGGACUGGGUGGAGUAUUUAAAGUGGAGUGGAUACGCAAAGAAAGCCUUCCCUUUCAGUUUGCACACCAUUUACUGAACCCUUGGAAUGACAACAAAAAAGUACAAAUAAGCAGAGAUGGGCAGGAACUAGAACCCCAGGUUGGUGAACAGUUGCUCCAGUUAUGGGAACGUCUUCCACUGGGAGAAAAAACUACAGCUGAUUGAUACUAAGAACUCUUGACAGUGGGAGAAGAUUAUUCCUGUUAUAACAAGUUAAUGCACUGAUUUUUCUAAAAACUCAGAUGAGUUGUUGUGUGUCAUGAGUUGAGAUUUUAGUUUAGAGUGUUACUUCAGGAUCAUCAUCUUCAUAUAUAAGAAGAGAUCAUUUAAAUUUUUGUAGUGAUUAUAGGGAAUGAUUAUAUGUUUGUUAACUAUGUUUAUGAUGAACAAAAUAGUAAUUUCAUUAUUUGAUACAAAGCAGCUAUUUUAAACAAACUUAAUUUGAAGGUAAACAUUUCUUUAAAACAUUGAAUUGUUGACUCUUAAUGCAGAACUCUUACUGAGGACUUUUAAUGAAGGAAAAGCAUGAAUAUUUCAGUACAUCUAAGCACCAUUUUAGGAAUCUUAGGUUUAUCUUUAAAAAACAACAAACCAAACUUUAAAAAUAUCUCUUUUAAAUGUAGUGUAUAUAAGGGCUAUUUAUUCUGCCAUUUAUAACUUCUGAUGCUCUUUUUCUGUGAUUACAGAGUGUGGUAAAAUCUGAAGAAAGGCAAUUUUUCCCUGCCUUUGAUCAGAUCAGGUUAAGUGCUUAAUUUUGUUCCUGGUCCUGCCUCUUAAUCCUAUGUACAGUAUACCUCUUUUUUUUCCUUCCCCAGAAACAACCUUCAUAUAUCAAUUAUUAUUAUAAUCUUUUUUUGCUACAGAAACUUGAUUUAGACAGGCUAAAACUCUAAGGAAAUUCACGCAAGUUUUUAAAAUUGCUCAGCAGUUAUCAGUAGCUUGGUUGCUAUUAUGUCUUUGAGACAAAAGUCCAUGAGGACCACAAUUCUUAAUAAUUCUUCCCUUUUUCAAUGUCUUUUUCUCUCACUUGUGUUUUCUACAUAUAUGGUUUAAUAAAUGGUAAAUUUAAUGCCAAAUCUCAUGUUUCUUUGCCAUCUUGGUUUCUUUGUUGGCUGUCUUUACCACCACUGCUUACAAGAUUUCCUUAGAGACUUUUUGAAGGGAAAUAGAAGUACAGAGCAAAAAUAAAAUGUCUUUGUAACUGAGCCCUAAAUAGGGUAGGCUUGAUUGUACUUUUCAUGAUACAGUUGAGUUAUUGUUAUACAAUGAAUUUAGUUUAAAGAUGAAAAGGAAACAAGUGUUCUGGUUCUGUAUUGGAGAACAAAGAAGUGAAAAAUCAUGGGUCAGCAUAAAGUCUUGAGAACUCUUGUACUUUUUCUCAGAAAACAUCCUAUUGGUGCAUUGGUUUGGAAUAAGAGCUGUGAUUUUUGCCUGUAUUAGCAAUUGUGUAUGUAUAUACAUGUACAUACAUAUAUAUACAUACACGUACACACUCAUACUUUGAGACACACCUGUAAGCUGAGCCAAUAUGAAUUAUGUUUCAUUGUCUGUCUAUUACAUUUCUUUUCCUAUUUGAGAAAGUUAUACUUUUACUGAUAAUGUAUACUUUAUUUUUUUAAGGUGUGUAUGUACAAGUUUGCAGUGUUCUAAAUUUAGAGAGACUUUUAAAAAGCAAAACUUGUUUAAAUUUUCAUCUGUUUUGUAACAUCUAGCCCUGUGCAUAAAUUAUGGGUUUGUUGGUGGAGUGAAUAUAAUUCAAAUGUAAUUAACAUGUUGUUUUUGGAAGAAAUGAACUUUAAAUAUACUUAUUAAAUGGAAUUCUAUUAAAUUCA